UAAAAGAAAACUAUAGGUUAACUGACAUUCCGGCAAAAUCGCUGGCCACCGCUAGACUGCAACUUCCGUUCCGGACAUCAGAAGACACAGAAGAUUCUUGAGUGAAAUUAACCUUGCAUCGAUCUUUAUGUGCCAAUGCAGCCAUCUCGUACUUGCAAUGCACAAAACCACUAGAGUAAAGAUUGCCCGCUGCUUCGCCUACAAGGAUGCUGCUCGAUCUGAUCAUCUGACUCUGAUCGCAAAUAAAGUCAAUUUUAAGUUUUUAACACACUAGAAAUAGCCUGCUCGUCGCAUGUUUAUCAUCACACAUCUUACUUGGAUUUCAUUCAUCUAAGAGACAGGUCCAUAGAUAGAUGGAGUCAGCUCCGAGCGGCUUCAAUCUCCGAGACCAUGUUCUGGUUGUGUUCGUGCUAGCUCUACUGAGCUUGGCACACCACUCCAUGGGAGCAAGGAGGCUCAUGGAGCUGUACGAGCCCGAAUCCAGCGAGCGCCUCACGUACCACAACGGCACCGUGCUGAGCGGCGACAUCCCCGUGUCCAUCCUCUGGUACGGGAACUUCACGGCGGCGCAGAAGGACAUCGUCUCCGACUUCCUUUUCUCUCUCGCCGCCGCGCCGGGAGCGUACCCCUCCCCUUCCGUGCCGCAGUGGUGGAGCAGUAUCGUCCAACUGUACCACUCCAAGGUGAAGGCCGUCGGCAAGAAGGGAGCCGAGAAGACGCGGGUGUUCCUCUCCGGCAACUUCUCCGACGAGGGGUGCUCGCUGGGACGGAGCCUGACACUGUCCCAGCUCCCGGCGCUGGCGUCAGCGGCGAAGCCCGCGAAAGGCGGCGUCGCGCUGGUGCUCACGGCGCAGGACGUGGCCGUGGAAGGGUUCUGCAUGAGCCGGUGCGGCAUGCACGGGUCGGACGCCAAGGCCGGCACCACCUACGUGUGGGUCGGCAACUCGGCGGCGCAGUGCCCCGCCCAGUGCGCGUGGCCGUUCAAGGAGGAGGAUCCGGCGGUGGUGCCGCCGAACGGCGACCUGGGCAUGGACGGCCUCGUGAUCAACGUGGCCAGCAUGCUCGCUGGCGCGGUGACCAACCCGUUCGGCGACGGGUUCUACCAGGGAGAACGCCAGGCGCCGCUGGAGGCCGCGACGGCGUGCCAGGGGGUAUACGGUACCGGCGCGUACCCCGGGAACGCCGGCAAGCUAUUGAUUGAUAAGGUGACCGGAGCGAGCUACAACGCCAACGGGGCGCGCGGGAGGAAGUGCCUGCUGCCUGCGCUGUUCGACCCCUUGACGUCCGGGUGUGCCACGCUGGUUUGAAGAGAACGCGUGAUUCUUUUCAGUACGAAGUACGAACCUACCUGGGGGAAUGGAAUCUGGAAACUAUCUUCAAAAGUGUGUGUGUUGUACGAUGUCUUACAUGAUGGUUAAUGUAAUGAUUUGCUUUUCCCAACGGAAAUAUUGUAAUUGCAAGUCAUGUAAGUUGCACAUCACAAAAAUAUGAAAUUGCAUGA